ACCUUUCCAAGAAAAGUCAGAGCAAAGCAUCUACGCGUGGAGGCGUGGAGCCCACGCACCUCCUUCCUCCGUUCCCCAAUCCCCCUGGAGGCGCGGCGCAUAUCAGCGGCGACAUUGGGCGGCGAUGGCCUCGGUUAGGCCCCCUCUCCGCCGCCUCGCGCUGCUGCUUAACAGCCGCAUCCGCGCCAACAACCGCUUCCUCGCCUCCGCCUCCACCUCCACCUCCUCCUACCCCACCGCCGCCGCAGCCGGCACCGCCACCACCGAGACGCCGGCGCCGGAGGAGCCGGAGGUCGUCAGCAUGACGGAUAACUGCGUCCGUAGACUCAAAGAGUUGCAUACUAAAGAACCAUCUGCUAAGGGCAACAUGUUGCGCUUGAGCGUUGAAGCUGGUGGCUGUUCUGGAUUCCAGUACACCUUCUCACUGGAUAGCAAGGAAAAUGCUGAUGAUAGGGUCUUCGAGAAGAAUGGUGUUAAGUUGGUUGUCGACAAUGUCUCAUACGACUUCGUGAAAGGUUCAACAAUCGAUUAUGUAGAGGAAUUGAUAAGCUCAGCAUUUGUGGUUUCAACCAAUCCAAGUGCUGUUGGAGGCUGCAGCUGCAAGAGUUCCUUCAUGGUUAAAUAAUUCGAACAUUAGUAACUUUAAGAGGUAGCCUGACAGAACUUUAAGUGGUCGGACCCUUCCCCAGACCCUGCGCAAGCGGGAGCUACAUGCACUGGGGCUGCCCCUUUUUUACUACAAUACUUCGAUACUUCCAAAUAAGUCCCUGUUAUUGCUACUAUCUUAGGAAUCUUAUGUAACCUACUGCUUUACUAGAAUAUUUUUGUUAUGUGGAUGCA